AUGAUAAUACUAUUUCUGAGAAUAUAUUUUGAAUAUUUUUCAACAGUUGUUAUUGUGGAGAAGCCAUCCAAACCUGUUGUUAAAGUUAUCAAAGCUCAACCACAAGUACAACCAGUUAUUAUUUCUAAACCAGCUGAAAAACCGGUUGCUGUUUCUAAACCAGCUCCUAAACCAAAAGAGGAAGCUACACCGGCUGUCGUAUCUAAACCUGAAGUAUCAUCUGUAGUCAUUCCUGAACCUUCUGACAUUGAUGACAUGGCAGAGCACAGACAGUUGUACUCACUACUGAAGAAGAUGCAUUCUAAAGAGAUCAGUAAACUGAGAAAGAUGAGAAGAAUGAGAAGAAUCAGGAAGAAGAUUCUCAGCAGAAUUCUUCACAAGGAUGCCGACUAUGAUCACUAUUUUGGAAACAGGAGAUAUGAUAGCAGAGGAUAUGGUAGUAGAUAUGGUAGUAGAGGAUACAGACAUAGUUAUCAUCACGAUGGAGAAGAUGAACCCGUUGUCUUUGAUCUCAAGAAUAACCUGAAUCUCUGUGCCUAA